AUGGAAAGACGGAAGGCCAGUCCAGAGCAAUUAAAUAUGCUCCUACAUUUUUUAGAAGAGGACAAGGAGCUUGCCCUUGGAAAGUUUACAGGUUUGGAUGGAAGAAUUCGACAAACAAAUGCGUGGAUUACCAUAACUGAAAAACUGAAUGCUAACUCAGGAUUUGGUUCGGGAGCUAUUAAAACUCCAAAUAAAUGGCAGCAGACAUGGAGAGAUUGGAAAUCCAAUGUCAAAAAGAAAGCAUUUAAAAUACGUCAAAACCGCUUUACACCUGGUUGUAAUAGUAGUACUCAAUUAACAGAAGCAGAAGAAAGAAUUUUACGGCUAAUUUGUUCCAACACAUCAGUUUUUGGUUUAGUCGGAGUUCCUGAAACAUCAGCAGCACCAAACAGUACCCAUAUUUCCUCUGAAAGCCACAUCCUGCCUGAUGAAUUAGGCAAUAAUGAUCCAAGUACAAGUGGAAUGAAAUGGUCUACAGAUCCUCCUCAUUAUAUGCAAAAUGAAAUGGGAAUAAGCUUAGAUGAAGGAGCAAGAGUAGAUACAGAAGCUGUUAUUGGCUCGAGUGGAGUGUCGUCAGAAACUACAGCAGUGAAGCCUGUUUGGAAGAAAAGCCGGCCAGUCAGGCUUGUACAUGAUCGUCUUCUGAAUCUUGAAGAAGAGAAAAUAAGAAUAGAGAAACAAAAACUUCUUGAGAAAAAAAGGUGCAAUAAUAUAAGGCUCAAGAUUGAAAAAGAUAGAUUGGACAUUGAAAGACAAAGAAAUCUGUUAUUAGAAAAAUUACUUGUUGCUAUCGAGGCUGUGGCACAACGAUAG